AUGGGGUUCAAAAAGAAUAUGCUCCGUUUCGAGGAGCAACUCUCCGAUGUCGACUCUGAACCAGACGCCGAACCUUCGAUAUCACUGCGAUUCCCUUUCCUCCAUCUACCAUCCGAGAUCCGCCUACGCAUUUAUCAUUAUGUCCUGUUCACGCCGACCCGGAAAAGCGCAUUGAAGCCCACUGGCAAUGUUGGAUCUUCGGCGAAGAAGAGCAAACCUCUAGCACCAUCCUCGCACCGCAUCGCCCUUUUCCGUGUCUCGAGGCAAAUCCACGACGAAGCCACUCACUACUUCUAUUCAACCCAGAUAUUCCGUGUGUUCCCCGUACAGGACUUCUUGCGCAUGCCCACAAUCCGGGCUUUGCCUCGACGCCACCGCUCUUCGAUCACCACAAUCGAAUUGAUUGUGGGAUCAAGCUGGACUGCACCCCCAAAGUCAUGGAUUGUAAACCAGGGCUUGGGGUUACAUGACAUGGAGCUUGUUCGCACAUUGAAAGUGUUUGUGCAGUGUGACCCUUCACAACCUGCAUUCGAGGGCUUUCGCAAAUCGAAGGAUUACUAUACCGAUUUCUGUGGCAAAUUAUUACAUCAAAUCCUGGAACGUUUGCCGGGUCUGGUUCAGGUCGAAUUCGAUGCCUGGCCAUCUGUAGAGAAGAAUGGACCUUUGAUGACUCGCUUGCUCACGGAAACCCGCGAUGCUCAGAAAAAUGUCCUCUGGGGCCCUGAUAGAGGCUGGUCCGACACUCAAAAUGACACUCACGAGAAACAUGACUUCAAUGACGUGGAUGCUGCCUUUGAUGGCCUGCGAGCCUACUCCUCUGAUAUUGCCGAAGCCUUGAGCAACUCGCUUCAGACAGUCAAGUUGGAGUCAUAA